GUUGAAUGUUAGCUUUCGGUUCAACCACGAUUGGUAGUGGGUCUUCGAGACGGGGAUCUGUUCAAACAUCAUUCACGAGAGGUGUGUGCGAGCUCGCAAAGGACACGGCGCAAGAGGAAAGUGAGAAGGGUCAGAUAAUCCUGCACCAGCCGCGACGAGCGAAGAAACGGUGCAACAGCCACAGGCAGACCUGAGAUCGGUUGACAGAUGAAAGGGACAAUCCCAGAAGACGGGACCGAGCGCAACGUCAGAAGUUUUUCGAUUUUCUCAAUGUCGGCGGCGGUGACGGUUCUUCUGUGAAAAGUGAAAACGACGGCGGCCAGAAACACUGGAAAAGUGCUAGAAAGGCUUUAGUGCGCGGUGCGGACGCAAUUUGGCGUCUAGGACAAUUACAAAAGUGAAAUUUCGUGCGGGAGACGGCGACCAGGCCAAAGGCAGUGGAAUUGAUUUGACAUCGACAGCGACGACAGCUCCGACGACGUCUGGGUCUGGCAGUCGCACGACAAAAGCCUAGAAAAACACAAAUCGAUGAUGUCCGCCUCGCGGGGCCCCAACUUGGUUCCGCAGCUGUUCCAGCGGCAAUCCGACUCCAACAUCAACAAGUUCCGUUCGAAUUUGUUCCGUGAACGGUUUCGCAUCGCCAGAAAUCUUUACAAAUACGAUCUGGUCUCGCAUUAUGGGUGUGUGAAUGCCAUCGAGUUUUCCAAUGGAGGUGAAUUCCUUAUCUCAGGGGGUGAUGACAAACGCGUUUUGCUAUGGAACAUCGAAAAAGCAAUAGCUAAAAAAAGCCAGCCAGUGGCCAUGGAGAAGGAACAUCAAAGCAAUAUAUUCUGCCUCAGUUUUAACAAUAACAACUCGAAAAUUUUCUCAGGGGGAAAUGACGAUGUAGUUAUAGUUCAUGAUGUAGCAACAGGUUCCGUUUCUGACGUAUUUUUACAUGCAAAACCAGUUUAUGGACUGUCGGUCGACUCAACAAACGACAACAUACUAGCGACCGCCGGGGAAGACGGUCACGUUUUAUUGUUCGAUCAGCGGAGCAGCGCAGUCAUGAUGUCACUGGGAAAAUAUCGAGGUCCAUUUCAUGCUGUUCAGUUUCACCCCCAAGAUGGGAACUUCUUAGUCACAGCGAAUUCAAAGAAAGGCGCAGCAUUCUGGGAUAUUCGCAAACCUCAAAAUCCACUGAUCCAAUACGGCGGAGAAGAAAACCCACAAAGCUGUAUGAGUAUCCGCUUCAACACGCAUGGCAGCCAAGUUCUAGUUUUGAGGCGACGCCUGCCUCCAAUUUUGUAUAACACAUUUUCUCAGGAGCCAAUUUGCCAAUUCUACCAUCCUGACUACUAUAAUUCAUGCACCAUGAAAAGUUGUUGUUUUGCGGGCGAGGAUGAUGAAUUUGUGCUAUCGGGAUCAGAUGACUUCAACCUGUACGUGUGGCGAGUUGGAGAUGUGCAUCGCGUUUAUCGUUUAGCCGAUAUAACAAACCAAUGGAUCGAGCAGACGCAAAUGGUUCUUUACGGUCAUCGGUCGAUAGUUAACCAGGUGCGAUACAACCCGCAGAAAUGCCUGUUGGCAUCGUCAGGUGUGGAAAAAAUAGUGAAGCUGUGGAGCCCGUUUGAGCAGAAAGAUUGGGCUGGAAAUCUGACUGAAGAAGCCACGGGACCAGAAAACCCAAGAGAAGUUUUCACACAUGAUGCUUAUUAUUCUUUGAUUCAUUUAAACUGGAAUGACAUGACGCACGACUACAGUAAUCAAAACACACGAGAGGACCCGCGUAUGAUGGCAUUUUUCGAUUCGCUCAUUCAACAGGAGAUAGAAGGCUGGAAUUCAAAUAAUUCAUCAGAGACAGACGAGUGGAGUAAUCGUAGCUCGGAAAACAGCACACGACAAAGUUCAACAGAAAGUUCCGAUGAAGUAAACUACUUCGUAAAUACUCGAGAUCGUCAUCGCCGCGGACUGAAACUGAAUACUAUGAAGCCCCAAAGAAAUAAAUAUGCUAACCGCAUUGCAUAUUUGAUAGCUACAAAACGUAAUACAUUGCGGCGUUUGGCAUUGAAAGGAGCAUCUCAGUCGAAUCGGCGCCGUCAAAGCACCCUUAAAGGUACGAAAAGGAAAGCACAUAGUCAUCGUUCAGUUCCACGAACCACACGUAGCGGGACUGGUUUGAAGCGAAUGGGACGUUUCACAUUACCAACAAGACACAAGGCGCAGCACAGUCACUUCAGAUCGGCGAGACGGAAAAGCAGUCGCAAUAACCGUUCACUAGAUCGGUUUGAGAGCUCUUCCGACGAUGACGUAUCACCCGCACGAGAUGAAGAUGGGAUGGCCAAUGCAAAUAGCAACGGUGGAACUUCUUCAUCGUCGGCCAUUGCAGUACCGAGCACCAGUACUGGCAUCACAUCUAAUGGGAAAGAUAUUAUAUACUGUCUAAGGCAGCAGCAAGUUGAUUCAGAUGACGACAACACGCCUGUCAAUAGUGACAAUGAACCCGAGCGACCUAGUCUACAAUCCCGCGAUGGUCCCAAAACGCCCAUCAACGGCUUCCACGGAAACAAUAAACCUGCCAUAGCGAACACAGCAGCAACAAAUCACACAAACGUUGAAACACCACCAAGAAAUCAUGUCUCGUCGGAUGUGGAUGAGGAUCGCUACUCAAAUUCUCCGAACGUUCGUCGGCGACAUCACACAAACACAAUCGCCGACUACGACGUUUAUUCAAGCCACUCAAACUCAAGACUUUCAAACAGUAGCUGCCUUGAUCGCGACGACUCAAGUACCGACGAGAGCUUAAACUGUUAUAUGAAAAAACGAAAAAUUGUUCCUAAUAAUAACAACAACAACAGCAAGAACAACAAUAGCGGUGCGAAUGGCACUCGAUCGCAGGACAACGCAACAACAGCCGCAAUAGGAUUGGACAUAAAUGAAGUCAAGACUCCAAAUAAUUCUAGUAAUUGUAAGAUAACCGCUAGUUUUAAUUAUACGCCAGAUAGUGGAAUUAGUAAUAACGCAGCUGGAUGCAGUUCGUCGGGAAGUGUUGCAAGCCAAACCACCAACAGCAACAACAACCACAGCAGUAGCAAUAUCAAUCACAACAACAACAAUAACAGCUUGUCCACAAAUAACGAUAAAUUCUCGUUAAAACUAUUCCACCAGAAGGUGGCACGCGUCCGCCGGAACUAUCGGAAUAAGUUCGGCGAUGAUUCUGAAAGUGAUUAGGAGGAAUGUAACUGAAAUGGUGAUACAACUAAACACCGUCAUCAUUUUACCGUUUUACGUUUCUCUUGAUUCUGUUUUUGUCUACCCUAAGUGUUUUCUAGAUUAACAUCAACUUUUCUUUUCAGUUUUAAGCUUCUUUUCCUUUUCAUUUUCCCAUUGAACUCAUGCGAAAUGAAUAGACUAUUUGAGGAUAGAAAGUAAUGAAAAACGAAAAGAUAUUUGAAAGCAAUCAUUUGGAUAAAUUAUGAAAUUGCAUUAAGUUGGUAUUAUAAGUGCGGCUGUAAUAGAUGGUUAGGAUACUGGGAACGGUCUUGAUGAACCCGAAGUUCUGCAAAUUAUCAAACGAGCCUGAUAAAUUUAAGUUCGCUAGUGCUUAAUCUACUCUCCAUACAUCGUUUUCAGUUCUGUGGGCCGCGAGAAAUGAUCGCGUUGCAAAGAACGCUCAAAAUGAUUUCAUUUUUUUCGCUCCAUUCAUUUCGUUUUGUUAAUUUGUAAACUAGGAACUCGUUAAGUACACAGUAAUGUUAAUGUAAUCAGAAGAUUAAUACACGAAAUUUAAUGUAAAAGAAGAGUACAUGCAUUCAUAAUAUUUAAA